UCAGGAUUAUAUUUUUAGUAAAUUUGGAGGCAACAUAAAUGUUCAAAAGAGAAUUAAAUUAUUCAUUUGAAUGUACUACACAAUAAUCAAGGAAACGAAAUAAAAAUAUCACUUAUGUUUAUGAAAUUGUGAAUUUCAAUUUUGGACUAAUUUUACCCAAAACUAACAUUGCUUUCACCAAACCCAUUACAUAAGCCAAAACCGGGUGCCACAAUUAGUGAAAAACCACCAAACAAGAAGUAAUAAAAAAAUCCGACAAGUGUCGUUUCUCCAAGCAGCGGUCCCCGUCCCCGAUGACUCAUUCCAUUCAUGCGUCGGCCCGGCCGGGGAUUCUCCUCUACGUGCACACGUCGCCGUACGAAUUAGCGCGCCUUCGCCUCGCAGACUCACCGGGUGUUGCGUACGGAGAAAUGCAACCUGGCGACCGUCCGACAAACACCUCGUAUACAUAACACUGCCAACCGUUUAGCGAGUAGUGCGUUCCGUUUGGUCGGGGGCUCCUUUCCCCGCACUGUUGGACUCGUUCGUUGCGAAUAUGGUGCACGUUUGUUGUUGGGGUUGGCGGGGCCGUAACGGGAAGGGCGCCUACAAGCCGGGCGUGCACGUGGAGGACGGCGACAAGGGCCGGAAGUCGACGUUCAGAAGGAGCUUGUGCUUGAAGGUUACAUUCGCAACGUUCCAGUUAAUAUUAGCAAUAUUCCUGAUCAUCUUCAUCGUAAUUCCAUUGAUAUAUAAAUUCAGUUAUUCGCUGCAACGCGCCGCCGUCUUCCUCAACUUCAGAAACAUUCCGGGCAAUGCGGACUACCAGGACCCCUCCAAGUACGGUUUGUUUGGGGCCCGUAACUUGUAUGUCACCACCGACGAGAAGGUGAAGCUGGGCGUGUGGCACAUCCUGCCCGAAAACGAAGCCAACGAUACGUCGCAGGACUUCGACCAGGCGCUGGUUAAUGCUGAAAACGUUUUGCUGUACAACCACGGGAACGGGGGUUGUAGACUUACAGAUCACAGGGUGCAACUGUACAAGGUUUUGCGAAAGCAGUUCCAUGUCAUUGCUUUCGACUACCGAAACUAUGGAGACUCAUCAGAAGAAGAGUUGACGGAAGAUGGUGUAGUGAGAGAUGUGAUGUUUAUGAUUAAAUGGAUCAAAUCAAAGACUAAGGGUCACGUUUUCGUUUGGGGCCAUUCUUUGGGCACCAGUUUGUCCACGCACGCACUAGCCAGGUUGCAAACUCAGGGAAUCACUGUUACAGGAUUGAUUUUGGAAAGUCCUUUUAAUAAUAUGAAAGAAGAAAUUAGCGAGUUUCCGUUGGCCAGUUGGUUCCGCGGUUUACCGUGGUUCUCGUUCACGGUGAUUGAACCGAUGCAACAAAAUAACUUUGUCUUUAAAACGGACGUUCACAUUUGCCACGUGGAUUUGCCCGUUAUCAUUUUGCACGCAGAAGAUGACAGAGUUGUUCCAUACAAACUAGGUUACAAGUUAUACAGAGCUGCAAAACAAUGCAAAUCUGAAAGGGUGGGAUCUAUAGAGUUUCAUACUUUUGAAGCUAAGCGAAACUAUGGACACAAAUACAUCUAUAAAGAUGAAGACCUAAGUGAUAUUAUAGGCGGCUUUGUUAAAAAAGCCAUAUCAGAAACUACCAGAAAAAACCUCAAUAACGUCGACUAAUACAUAUCAAAACUAUUUUUAGUACUAUUUCUAAGUAGGCAAUUAUUUAAUUUAUUUUGUUUAUUAUAUAUGUGAUCAAUUAUUUAACUUUUAAAUGUUUCUUAAACAAUUCCUUUUUAUUCUGGUCAAUAUUUAUUAGUUUAUUAGCCAUAGUAAAAAACAAUGUGAUUUAUGUGAGUGUGUUAUAAAAUGAUCAUGCUGUGAUGACGAUUCUCUUAGACAUGGAAUGUAAAAAAGUAUUAUUAUGUGGCUGAAAUAUUAUUGUUGGCCAUUUAUUAUGUGACAGUCAAAAUUUAAAAGGGUAUUAAGUAUUUUAAACGAUAUACGUUGAUCAAAUGAAAAUUUCGUAGCAAAUAAAUAAUUUUUUUAA